AAAUUAAUUCCUCCUUGUAUGGAAUUCAAUUCUUCAGCAAAUAACAAUAGUAUCGUUCUUGGGGAAGCUCUUGCAUCUGAGGAAGUUAAUUUUGUGUUCCCCAGUCAGGAAUUCUCCAAACAAGCUCAUGUUUCUUCUAUACAAAAGUAUGCGGAGAUGUAUGGUAGGUCGGUGGAGGAUCCCGCCGGAUUCUGGUCUGACAUUGCAUCGGAAUUUUAUUGGAAACAGAAAUGGGGGCAACCUGUUUACACCGACAAUCUUGACAUUCGCAACGGCAAAAUUGAUAUUCAGUGGUUCAAAGGUGGUAAAACAAACAUAUGUUACAAUUGCUUGGAUAGAAAUAUUGAUACUGGAAAUGGUGACAAAGUUGCAAUUUUAUGGGAAGGAAAUGACCUUGGUCGUGAUGCCACUUUAACGUACACUCAACUUUUGGCCAGAGUUUGUCAGUUGGCAAAUUACUUGAAAAGUAUUGGAGUUGGGAAGGGUGAUGCAGUUAUCAUCUACUUGCCUAUGCUAAUGGAACUUCCGAUUGCUAUGCUUGCCUGUGCUCGCAUUGGUGCCAUUCACUCGGUAGUAUUUGCGGGGUUCUCAGCAGAAUCACUUGCACAGAGAAUUGUGGAUUGCAAACCAAAAAUUGUGAUAACAUGCAGUGCAGUUAAGAGAGGAGCAAAGACUAUUUUUCUCAAAGACAUUGUUGAUGAUGCCUUAACACAAUCUGCCCAAAAUUCAGUCAAAAUAGAUGUGUGUUUGACUUUUGAGAAUGAAUCAGCAUUACAAAAACAAAUGACUAAAUGGGUUGAAGGAAGAGAUAUUUGGUGGCAGGAUGUUGUUCCAAAAUAUCCAGUUACAUGUGAUGUAGAAUGGGUUGAUGCAGAAGAUCCACUUUUCCUACUUUACACUAGUGGCAGUACUGGAAAGCCUAAGGGUGUUCUUCAUACAACUGGAGGCUAUAUGGUAUACACUGCAACAACAUUCAAGUAUGCAUUUGACUACAAACCAAAAGACAUUUAUUGGUGUACAGCUGACUGCGGUUGGAUUACUGGUCAUAGUUAUGUUACAUAUGGACCUUUACUGAAUGGAGCAACCAAUGUGGUUUUUGAAGGGGCUCCGAAUUUUCCAGAUGCAGGACGUUGUUGGGAUAUUGUUGAUAAGUAUAAAAUUUCAAUUUUUUACACCGCUCCCACAUUAGUAAGAUCUCUCAUGCGCGAGGGAGACGAGCAUGUGACUCGAUAUUCAAGAAAAUCUUUGAGGGUGCUGGGAAGUGUUGGCGAGCCAAUCAAUCCUAGUGCAUGGAGAUGGUUUUUCAAUGUUGUAGGAGAUGGAAAGUGCCCUAUAUCUGAUACAUGGUGGCAAACAGAAACUGGAGGUUUCAUGAUUACUCCAAUGCCAGGAGCUUGGCCCCAGAAGCCUGGUUCUGCUACAUUACCAUUUUUUGGUGUCCAGCCUGUAAUAGUGGACGAGAAGGGUGUGGAGCUAGAAGGUGAGUGUAGUGGAUAUUUAUGCGUGAAAAAUUCAUGGCCUUCUGCAUUCAGAACACUUUACGGAGAUCAUGAAAGAUAUGAAACUACAUACUUUAGUGCCUUUCCUGGAUAUUACUUUACGGGUGAUGGUUGCAACAGGGACAAAGAUGGUUACUACUGGCUCACUGGCAGAGUAGAUGAUGUUAUUAACGUCAGUGGACACCGCAUUGGCACAGCUGAAGUAGAGUCAGCUUUAGUUUCACAUCCUCAAUGUGUUGAAGCUGCUGUUGUUGGCGUGGAGCAUGAUGUUAAAGGACAAGGGAUAUACGCGUUUGUUACUUUGGCUGAAGGUGUUUCAUAUAGUGAGGAACUCAGAAAAAGUCUUAUCAAAGUUGUUAGAGAUAAGAUUGGAGGUUUUGCUGCACCAGACAAGAUCCAUUGGGCACCAGGUCUACCAAAGACAAGAAGUGGCAAAAUAAUGAGAAGAAUAUUGAGAAAAAUUGCUUCAAACAGCUUAGAUGAGCUUGGGGACACAAGUACUUUGGCUGAUCCUACUGUUGUUGAUCAACUUAUUGCACUUGCUCAUUCUUGAUGCCACUUUAAUUUUACCUUAUUCUUAAUUAAUUCCGCGAUUGUUUGUUUUUUUGACAUCAAAAUCUUGUCUCGACUUCGAUUCGAGACGCAACGCCUUCUAAAAGAUGCAAUCCUUGGAGUCCAGAUUAUGUUGCCUUUAUUGGUGGACGCAGUAGCAUGUCUUACUGUCUACUUAUAUUUGACAUGACACCUCAUAUAUAUGAGCCUGCACUUUUUGAGAUAAUAUGGGUGUAUAUUAUUCAUAAAAAGUGGUGGUUUUUCAUUUUGAAAAUGACAAAACUGCAAUAGUUCCAGCUUGUCUUUAA